AUGAGACGAGAUUUUGGGGGAUCAAGCUACCCAUCAAUGAACCAGGGUUGUACAAUUGAUCAAUUUACCCACUUAAAACCCUCUACUUUUGAGGGCGGCACUGACCUGAUCAAAGCUGAGACUUGGAUGCAAGAGAUGGAGAAGAUAUUAGUAGUGCUGAAUUGCACUGAGGAGCAGAAGGUUCUUUUCGCCACCUUCAAGCUGACUAGAGAAGCUAAACAAUGGUGGCAUGCAGUGAAGCUGUUGGAAGAGCAGCAAGCAGUACCUAUAGUGAUGACCUGGGGUCAUUUCAAACAGGUCUUCUACGAUCGAUAUUUUCCCGCCACCACCAGGAAUGUGAAGGCGGACAAAUUUUUCAACUUGACUCAAGGGUGCCUCACAGUUCAGCAGUAUGCUGCUAGGUUCCUGGAACUUUCCUUCUUUGUACCUUUUAUGGUUUCAUAUGAAUAUCAAAAGGCGAGAUGGUUUGAGAGGGGCCUAAAUCAUAGAAUUCAUGAGCAUAUGGUGUGUUUGCAGAUACAGGACUUCACAGAAUUGGUGGAUAAAGCCACCGUUGUAGAGCCAAGUCUGCAGAAAGGUGCAGAGGUAUCAUAA